UGUCGCAAUAGUGGAGAUUCAGAAGAGCUACAGUGGAGAUGACAGAGAAAACUACGAAUGGAGGUGAUUAUCACAAGCAGACAGCUGAUGUAAAGUCAAUACUGAAAGCUCGUCCUCAGUCAGCAAGAGCAGUUCUCCAGACUGUAGCUUUCUCUCAAAAGCUUCGUGCACAAGUUUCCUCACUUGUUCCACCUAACACUAAAAUCCGUCCAACUCCUAAUCUUGGUGCUGAAGUGAGAAAACAGACAAACAGUCAUGUAAUGCAUCAUGUACGAGAGCAGCGACACAACGCUGCUGUACUGAGAAAAUCACUGGCUGGACUAGAAGAAGAAGUAAAGAUCCUCAGCAGAGCAAAAAGUGCUGUUGAAGUAUCCUUACAAAAUACCAGGAAAAAGUUAUUGACAAGUCAUCGAGCAUUGAUAAUGAGAGAGAGAAUGCAUCAACAUAUGCAACAUGGUGCAGGUGUGAUGACUUUGCGAAGAGAAAGUGCUGUCCUCUCAAGAUCUAAACAUGACCUUGAGGCUCAACAUCAGUCAAUAAAGCAGCAAUUACAGCAACUAGAUCGUAUGAGAAGGACAGUGAAAGUGCAACUGGCAUUACUAUCUGAUACCCUAGACAUGUCAAAUAAUGCUUUCAAAAUUUAUCAAAGCAAUUCACAACAAGCAAGCAAACAUCAUCUUUAUGAAACAGCAUGCCAUGCUCCGAGGGCUCCCAGACAACCAAACUGUUCUGUGAGUUUAACAACAACACCACAUUCAAAAGUUCAAGGUGUUAUUCAAGAGGCUGAUGCAAUACAAGCUAUUUCUCAGAGUAUGACACAACACGUUCGACAGCUGUUGGUGCAGCAAGAAGAUAUACAGAAACAGGCACAAGACAAGGUCACACAGACACUACAACAGGAGGUAGAACAGUUCAAAUCACAGAAGAGAAGCAUGAUGAUGGAAAGAGGUGAAAUGAGAGUAGCACACAAUAUGGCAUUGAGACUGCAGAAUCAACAAGAAGUGUCACUAGGGCUAACACUUGGGCCACAUUGCUCCAAACAUAGACUAGUUGCCCAACAUGAAGAUAGACCACUCACUAAACGUAAAGAGGGAUCAACAGCAAAUGAACACAAAGCUAUCAAGCAAUCUGCUGCUGAGAUUGAGAAAGACCUAACUGCGACUCGCAGUUCUGCAGCAAUUCUUGCAUCAACCAGCCACAGCAUGGCUUUUGGAAUACAAGCAAAACAAACAGAAAUAGAACGUGAAAUGGGAAUUCUUCAUUUGAGGAAGAAAGCAAACAACAAAUGGGUUCUGUAAGUAUACUUGAUAAAUUGCAUUCAGAACUACAUGCACUUCAGCUGACAAUUAAUCAGUUCACUUCAGAGAACAAAUCGAAUUGCGUAGAUUUUGUGCAGUUUUUAUGCUUUUAGAUACAUUAUGUACUAUGAGGCUUUAUAGCAUCUAGUAAUCCUUUUCAUAAUAAAAA